UUCGUGUGUAUAUACAUAUAACAUUAUGGUACAUAAAAUAUUUUGGCAACGAAUUGUUCUCGGCCUUGAUAACGUAUAGCGCGCUAUUAUUUACAUGGCACGAUCUUGUUAUUAUUUCGUUCGGCGAUAUUCGAAACAGUAAAAUACAGACAUUUAAAGUUAAAUAUAUUUCGAUACUUUAAAUUUUUCGCCAAUUAAAUGUAAUUUGCUAUUCAGAUUGAAACCUAAUAAAACAUAAUAAAACUUAAAUCCAUUAAUUAUUAAUAUUUAUAUUUAUUAAUAUUGAUUAUUCAAUUUUUCACUGUAACUCGUUUUCGAUUAUCUUCACUCAACUUCAGUUGAAUCUGGAAUUUUUGGCAGAUCAUUACACGAGGAAAAGAAAAUUUCUGAUCCGUCAUUUCUUGGUGUUAUUUGAAUACGAUUUUAAUAUUUAAAUCAAGUUUUCAUUUAAAAUUUCUUUAUUGUAAUAACAAUAAUUAUGUAUCUGAUAUAUCGCUUUUUUACCAGUGUAAUUUUUGCGAUAAUAAAUGCGGCUAUCGUGUUGUACAUGUGUCAACGCGUAAGUUGCAAUGAUUUUUAUAUUUACAUAAAAUUUCUGAAAUAUAAGAAAAUAUUAUGUAUAUUAUAUAAUCUUUUAUCGAGAGAAGAAUUGAGAUUUAGAUUUACUUUAUUUCCAAAAAUAAGGAAAGGAUGUAAUAAAGGAAAUAUAUUUUUUUAAAUUGCAUAUUUUAAUUGCAAUGGAUAAAUUUACUUAAUAAAUUCUUGGUUAUAUAUAGAAAGUAUAUGUAAAUAAUGUGACAUUUUUCAGUUUUUCCGAGUGAUGAGAGCACAUUAUCAGAUUAUGGCUGAAGCUGAGAGAUUCAAUUCGAUCAUUUCCGAAUCACGCGCGAGCCUCGAUUAUAUUAGCUCGAAGGUAUCCCAGGGAAUGGAUCAGAUGAAGGAGGACAUCGCCAAAGAAUUAUCCAUUACCGAUCAUUUAACGAAGCUUAGUUCGAAAAUAGGAUUGCUGCUGCAACGUUAUUCCGAGCUGGAGGAAGGAUUGAUCGAGCUGGUGCGAAUGGAUCACAAUACCAAGAACGUACGGAUCGAGACACCAGCUGACAUCAACGAGGAAGUCAAGAGCAUUCUCAUGACGACGAGGAAGAAACAAUCUCAACAGCAGCAGCAGCAACAAUCUGACCGUCCGCGAACGCAGAAGAAAUUGCGGAUAUCGACGAAUACUUCCAUAGGAUUAAAGGAACCACAUAAUCCAAUCGCGGGUUCAAAGUUCCUCGCGUCGCAGUCGUAUGAUAUUACCGAUCUCUCGAACGUAACAACGUCCGAGAAACAGGAGAGACCGCGUACGCCCGCUUAUCCGGAAGUCCAAUUGUUGAACGAUCCGAGACCGGUGGAAACUUAUGCAAAACCCAUUGGCUUUCGGCCGCCCUGGAAAUGCGAAACUUAAAAUGAUCAUCGGAUAAAUUUGUUUCGUAAUCUUUCGGUUUCUUUUCUUGGUGAUUGUCUAC